AUGAUGCUGGAGCUCUUGGAGGUAGAGAAUUUUCUCCGCCACACUCAGGAGAAGUCGUACACUUGUAUGAUUUGUGGAGACAGUUUUAAGCACAAGGACAUCCUGGCAGCCCACCAGAAAUCCCAUAAGGAGAUAGAGGCUGAAGGCUGUGAAAAGGAGGGCAAUGCUGACAGGGCUGGAGAGCUGCAUGAUCAAGAAGUCAUCAGAGCUGGAGGGGAGGCCAGUGGGGAAGGCCACAGCAAGUACAGCACACAGAGUGAUCCUGAAAGAAUGGAGAAGCCCCAUGCCUACACUGAGCGUGGGAAGAGCUUCAGGAUGAAGGUUGACCUCACCAAGCACCUCUGGACUCACACAGGCAAGAGACCAUUCCCCUGCACCAACUGUGGCAAGAGGUUCAUCACCAAAUCACAACUCAAAGAGCACCAAAGGAUCCAAGCAGGUGAGCGGCCAUACAGGUGCCUGGACCGUGGGAAGAACUUCACCCAAAAGUCACAGCUCAUCGUGCACCAGUGGAUCCACACAGGUGAGAAGCCCCACCAGUGCAGCAGCUGCCAGAAGAGUUUCAUGGACAAGUCACAGCUGGUGGCCCACCACCAGAUCCACACAGGCAACCGUCCCUUCAACUGCGGGGUGUGUGGCUGUGGCUUCCACCAGAAGAUCACCCUCAUCAAGCACCAGAGUGUUCACAGCACCAAGGGGGCCCAGCAGGAUGCCGCCAGGGCCAUCAUGGACGAAUCCACUCCAGCAGGGGAGAAGAUCUUCUGCUGUGGCACCUGGAGGAAGGAGUUCAAGAAGAAGUCAGUGCUGGUGACCCACCAGAGGAUUCACACUGGGGAGGAGCCCUACGCCUGUCCAGCAUGUGGGCGGUGCUUCUGGCAGAAGAUCCACCUCAACCGGCAUCAGCGGACCCAUGAGCGGCCCAGUGCCCAUGUCUGCGGAGCCUGUGGGGACCACUUUGGCAGCAAGAGGGAGAUGCUGCAGCAGCACCAGGGCCACCAUCCCCAACAUGCCCCCCACACCUGCACCACCUGUGGAAAGCACUUCAGCCAGAAGCGUGGGAAGACAUUCACUGAGAAGGGCAACCUGGCCAACCACCAGCGGGCUCAUGCUGAGGGCCAGGGUCACCGCUGCAGGGCUUGUGGCAAGGGCUUUGCCAAGCACACCCAGCUGGUCACCCACCAGCACGUCCACACUGGUGAGCGUCCCUACCCCUGCAGUGACUGUGGCAAGCGCUUCGGCAACAAGUUGCACCUCACCGUCCACCGGUGCAUCCACACUGGUGACCGGCCCUUCCCCUGCCCCACCUGCAGCAAGGGCUUCCGCCAGAAGAUCUCCUUGGUCAAGCAUCACCACAUCCAUGAGCGUGGCAGGGACAAGGGAGGUGGCGAAGACAUCAGUGCAAACACAAAUGCCAAUGUCAACACCAAUGCCAAUGGCAAUGCCAACGCCAACACCAACACCAAUGCCAGUGUCAAGACCAAUGCCAAUGCUGAUGCCAAUGCCAAGGUGGCUGGCAAAGAUGAGGAAAGCCUGUCUGUCCCCUGUCGGCGGCUCCCCGCUGGCGAGUGGCCCUUCUCCUGCAGCGAGUGUGGGAAGGGCUUUGCCCAGAAGGCCCAGCUGGCAGUCCACCACCGCACCCACACUGGUGAGCGCCCCUUCCCGCGUGCUGCCUGCAGCCGACACCAGCCACCACCAGUCCCAGUUCCCCUUGGACUCUGGGGUGAGGAGUGGCCCUUCACCCAUGCCACCUGUGGGAGAGGUUUCCGCAAGAUUGCCCUCAUUACCCACCAGCAGGUCCACAUCAAAUAUGAGCCCAACUGCUGCACCAAGCGUGGGGAGGUCUUCCCUGACAGGGCCCAGCUCUGGCUCCACCAGCCCUCCCAUGCCAAGGACCGGCCAUUCAAGUGUGCCAGGUGCGGGAAGGACUUCAAGAGAAAGGAGAUCUUGGUCCACGCGGGAGAGGCACCCUUCCAGUGCCCCCAGUGCAGCAAAAGCUUCUCACAGGAGUCCAACCUCAUGAAGCACCAGCUUACUUACACCUGCCAAGGACCUUUUGUAUGCUCCAGCUGUGGGCAAAGCUACACCACCAUUGGACAUUUCAAGAGGCACCAGAGGAACCACCUCAAUAAGCAAAGCCCUCCUGGUGAGGGAGAGGAGCCCCCUGAGGACCUGGCUACUGGCUGUGUGUCACCGGAGUCAGUGGGUGACCACAGCAGCCCCAUCAUUGUGGUGAAGACAGAGUCUGAUGCUGAUGGCUAUGAGGUCCCAUGA